CCUUAAAGCAUAUAUAGGAGACCUCCUUGCACUCACUCCCACACUGAGUUCCCUGGUUCCUGAAGCAUCUGCAUCUCAACCAUGAAGCUGGUAAUUGCCCUUGUACUGGUUGCCCUUCCCCUUUGCUGCUAUGCGGGUAGUGGCUGCCCAGGGCUUCAAAAUAUGAUAACUCUGGCCAUCAAUGGAACCGAGGACGAACUAAUGAACGCAACGGAAAACUAUAUUACUUCUCCAUUAAUGACAAAUGCUAUUUCUCAAGUAAAGGAGUGCUUUUUGAAACAAUCAAGACAAAACUUGGAUCUCACACUAGCUGUAAUGAAUCUCAUCUACAACAGUCCGCAAUGUUCCCCUUAUUAAUUCCUUGAACUUCCGAGCUUUGAGAAACUGCCAUGGACUGACUGCCUGUGAAUGAAGACCGAAUAUCUGAAAAUUUCCAAAUGUUUCUUCCUGCCAUCUACAGAUCAUUUCCGCCCCUGCCUCUCUCAAUUCACAAAUCACUCUUUCAAUGCAGAAGGCUUAGCUGAUGUAGUCUAACCCACCUUUCUCUCUGCAAUAAAGUGAAUGCAACAACCCC